AUGGCUGAAGAAUUGAGCAAGAACUUUGAGACUCUCCAGCUCCAUGCGGGCAUGCCUUCGGGGGAGGAAAACAACCUUCCCGUUGCUUUUGGAGCUGAACCCGAUCCAACCACAAACUCGCGCGCCGUCCCAAUCUACGCGACCACGAGUUUCACCUUCAAUGACUCAGCUCACGGCGCGAGGCUCUUUGGCCUCAAGGAGUUUGGCAACAUUUACAGCCGUAUCAUGAACCCCACCGUCGACGUCUUUGAGAAGCGCAUCGCCGCGCUCGAGGGCGGUGUAGCGGCCCUGGCCACAUCCUCUGGCCAAGCCGCCCAGUUCAUCGCUAUCAACGCCCUCGCGCACGCCGGCGACAACAUCGUCUCCACCUCGCUGCUGUACGGCGGCACAUACAACCAGUUCAAGGUCUUCCUCCCCCGCCUCGGCAUCCACACAAAGUUUGUCGACGGCGACCGCGUCGAGGACAUCGCCGCCGCCAUUGACGACAAGACCAAGGCCGUCUACGUCGAGAGCAUUGGAAACCCAAAGUACAACGUCCCGGACCUCGAGGCUAUUGCCAAGGUUGCGCACGAGAAGGGCGUCCCCGUCAUUGUCGACAACACCUUUGGCGCAGGCGGCUACUUCAUCCGCCCCAUCGACCACGGCGCCGACAUCGUAGUCCACUCGGCGACGAAGUGGAUCGGCGGCCACGGCACCACCAUCGGCGGCGUCAUCGUCGACAGCGGCAAGUUCAAGUGGGACAACGGCCGCUUCCCGCAAAUGACGGAGCCCUCGGACGGCUACCACGGCCUCAAGUUCUGGGAGACGUUCGGCCCCAUCACCUUCAUCAUCCGCGCCCGCGUCGAGAUCCUCCGCGACCUCGGCGCCUCCCUGAACCCCUUUGCCGCCCAGCAGCUCAUUAUCGGCAUCGAGACCCUGUCGCUGCGCGCCGAGCGCCACGCGCAAAACGCACUCGCGCUCGCCAAGUGGCUCGAGGCUAGUGACUACGUGAGCUGGGUGUCGUACCCCGGUCUCGAGAGCCACCCGUACCACGAGACGGCCAAGAAGUACCUCAAGCGCGGAUUCGGUGGUGUCUUGAGCUUCGGCGUCAAGGGCGGUGGUGAUGCUGGUAGCCAGGUUGUCGAUGGCUUCAAGCUCAUUUCUAACCUCGCCAACGUCGGUGAUUCCAAGACCUUGGCUAUUCACCCCUGGACCACCACCCACGAGCAGCUCUCCGACGAGGAGAAGACGAGCUCCGGCGUCAGCGAGGACCUCAUUCGCAUCUCGGUCGGCACGGAGCACAUUGACGACAUCAUCGCCGACUUUGAGCAGUCCUUCAAGAAUGCCUCCUCCGCGUCUACCACGGGCAAGCCCGCCCCCGCGGCCGAGACCAAACAGGACGACGCGCCGCUUGCGCCUUUUGACCCAGCCAAGUCAGCGUUGCCCAGGCCUGGAUUCUCGCGUCCGACGACUCCAUGCCCGGCCCAAGCCAUGAAAGAUACCUACCCAGGCACACCAGGUACCGAAGAUCAGAAAGGAAAAUGGAUGCGCGUGAAAAACGGGCGGCGCGACGGCAUUUUUAGUCUUCGCCUUUCUUGUGUGGAUACGCGAAAACACAUGUUGCCGUUGCAAUGCGAUGGAGACCCAGCGAUUUGGGCGGCAGAUAUUCCUGUUCUGCGAAUAUACAACCCUGCGAACAAACCCUCAGAAUCGCGGGGACGAAGAAACGUGCGGGAUCCCGACAAGGUAGCUCCCAACUGGAAUGGGCGGGGGGGGAUGUUCACCGUCUCCACAACCCCCCGGCGCGCGGUAGACGACCACCGGUUUACUCCGCCAACGGACUCUGAUUGGCCGAGAGAGGUUCGCUGCAUUCAACGACGCCUCUUGUCUUGCUCUCUGACUAACAUCACGGAAAUCCUCCCCCGCCCUCUCGACAAAGUCUCCUUUCGUCUCCCUUUUGUAACCCCGUCUCUUCUUGCUUGUCGUUCUUACUUCCGAAUACCCUCCCUCGCCCAAGAACCACCCAACGGAUAUUCUCGGUCGACACCGCCCCAUCUAGCAAUGCGCCUCCUCGCAACCCUCGCCCUCGCGGCGACAUCAGCAUCCGCCGCCUCCCUGACCCUCUCGAUCCCCUCCUCCCAAGCCCUCCCGAACCCCUACACCCUCCCGCCGUCGACCCACGCGACGCUCUCCUCCCUCGGCGCCACCUUCUCCGCGCCCCUGUCCGUAAAAAACACGUUCGUCUUCCACAACCUCACCGGCGGCGGCGGCGGCAGCGGCAGCGCGGGCUCCUCCUACCUCGUCGACAUCCACUGCGCGACCCACGCCUUCGCGCCCCUGAGACUCGAUGUCGAUGCCGAGGGCGGGCUGGCGGCGUGGGAGACGUACCGCGGUAACGAUUGGGAUAACAAGGGCGAGGCGUAUGCGGCCAAGGAGUUCGAGGGCGGCGCGAAGGGGUUUGAGGUCAGGGUGUUGGGGCAGAAGAAUUAUUUCUUGGAGAGGAGCAAGUCCGAGCUCCCAGAGCUGUCGGCACUUUUCACGACGCGCACCUCUCUCCCGAGAUAUCGAAUCGAUCGGGGAGCACAGAAAAACGCUGACAACCCAAACCUCGCAGUCUCCAUCCUCACCAUCCUCAAGAACCCCAUGAUCCUCCUCGGCCUCAUCAGCAUGGGCAUCUUCCUCGGCAUGCCCUACCUCAUGGACAACAGUACGUUCAAAAACCCGAAACCUCUUCCCCCGUUCCUCGACGGAAAAGUCAUCCUAACACGAACCGUUUUUUUAGUGGACCCCGAAAUGCGCGCCGAGUUCGAAGAACGCCAAAAGAGCAACCCGAUGAACUCCCUCCUCGGCGGCGGCGGCGGCGGGGGCGGCGACGCGAACCCCAUAGCCAACUUUGACAUGGCGGGCUUCCUCGCCGGCACCGGCAGCAGCAGCAGCAAGAAGGAAGAGUCUUCCGGUUCUGGUGCCUCGAGCGGUGGGGCUGGUGGGAAGAAGGAGAAGGGCGUGCGGAGUGAUGCGGGGGAGGCAGAGUACAAUUACACGGUUGCUCAAGAUUGUUAUCACGGCUCCUAUAAGACACGGGGUACAGCCUACGGCGCUUCUUAG